GUUUGGUGAUUUUUUUUACUAGUUCUUCUUGAUUCUUUCAUAUGGAUGGACAUCAGCAUCAUCACCUUCACCAGCUUCAAUAUCUCAACAAGCAUCAUCUUCAUCAUCCUCAAUCGCAAACGCCGGAAAUAACGUCUCCGGUAGCGGUUGGGGAUAGGUUUCCUCAGUGGAGCGUUGAAGAGACAAAAGAGUUGAUAGGGAUAAGAGGAGAGCUAGAUCAGACUUUCAUGGAGACAAAACGGAACAAGCUUCUUUGGGAAGUUAUCUCUAAUAAGAUGAGAGACAAAAGCUUUCCUCGUAGCCCUGAACAGUGCAAAUGCAAGUGGAAGAACCUCGUCACUCGUUUUAAGGGAUGUGAGACAAUGGAGGCAGAGACAGCGAGACAACAGUUCCCUUUUUAUGAUGAUAUGCAAAUUAUAUUUACCACUAGAAUGCAGAGAAUGCUAUGGGCUGAAUCCGAGGGAGGAGGAGGGGGAACAAGCGGGACAGCGAGAAAGAGAGAGUAUUCUUCAGAAGAGGAUCAAGAAGAGAAUGUGAAUGAAGAGCUAGUAGAUGUUAGCAACGACCCGAAAAUCCUAAACCCGAAAAAGAACAUUGCAAAGAAGCGAAAAGGCGGUAGUAAUAGUAGUAGUAUCAAUAUUGGUGUAAGAGAAGUGUUGGAAGAGUUUAUGAGACAUCAAGUGAGAAUGGAGAGCAAGUGGAGAGAAGUAUGGGAAGCGAGGGAGAAGGAAAGAGCAGAGAAAGAAGAAGAAUGGAGAAGGAAGAUGGAGGAGCUUGAGAAGGAGAGGUUGGCAAUGGAGAGGAUGUGGCGGGAUAGAGAGGAGCAACGGCGGUCGAGGGAGGAGAUGAGAGCAGAGAAGAGGGAUUCACUUAUCAAUGCAUUGCUUGCUAAGCUUACUAGAGAUGGUUCCCUCUAAUCUUUUAUCAGCUUUUCUUAACCUAAAUUAACUUGUUCUUAUAUG